GGGCCGCCGGGCCUGCGCCGCCGCCGCGACGACCAUGUCGGCGGCCAAGGAGAACCCGUGCAGGAAAUUCCAGGCCAACAUCUUCAACAAGAGCAAGUGUCAGAACUGCUUCAAGCCCCGCGAGUCGCAUUUGCUCAACGACGAGGACUUGACGCAGGCAAAACCCAUUUAUGGUGGCUGGCUGCUCCUGGCUCCAGAUGGUACUGACUUUGACAAUCCAGUGCAUCGGUCUCGGAAAUGGCAGCGGCGGUUCUUCAUCCUCUAUGAGCAUGGCCUCUUGCGCUACGCCCUGGAUGAGAUGCCCACAACCCUCCCUCAGGGCACCAUCAACAUGAACCAGUGCACGGAUGUGGUGGAUGGCGAGGGCCGAACAGGCCAGAAGUUCUCCCUGUGCAUUCUGACCCCUGAGAAAGAGCAUUUCAUCCGGGCAGAGACCAAGGAGAUCAUCAGUGGAUGGCUGGAGAUGCUCAUGGUCUAUCCCAGGACCAAUAAGCAAAACCAGAAGAAGAAGCGGAAAGUGGAGCCUCCCACGCCGCAGGAACCGGGCCCAGCCAAAAUGGCUGUCACCAGCAGCAGCAGCAGCAGCAGCAGCAGCAGCAUCCCCAGUGCUGAGAAGGUCCCCACCACCAAGUCCACACUGUGGCAGGAAGAAAUGAGAGCCAAAGACCAGCCAGAUGGCAGCAGCCUGAGUCCAGUUCAGAGUCCCAGCCAGAGCCAGCCUCCUGCUGCCAAUGCCCUUAGGGAACCUGGGCUGGAGAGUAAAGACGAAGAGAGCACCAUGAGCAGUGACCGCAUGGACUGCGGUCGCAAAGUCCGAGUAGAAAGCGGCUACUUCUCCCUGGAGAAGACCAAGCAGGAUCUGAAGGCUGAGGAGCAGCAGCUGCCCCCACCGCUCUCCCCUCCCAGCCCCAGCACCCCUAACAACAGGUAUAGUGGCCCCGGACCGCCCUCCCAGGAGCUUGGUCACCCCCUUCCUCCCCCAGGUCCUCGACCCUCCAGCCGCAUGGUCUGCAGCAUCUCCCUUGGCUCCUUGGACGUGGCCAACCAGCAUCACGCCAACAUGGACUCCGACAGCACUGGGGGGCGGGAAGAAGAGACACUGGGGCACGCCUUUGCCUUUAAAGCCAGCAGGCAGUAUGCCGCCCUGGCCGAUGUCCCUAAGGCCGUCAGGAUCAGCCACCGAGAAGCCUUCCAGGUGGAGAGAAGGCGGCUGGAGCGUAGGACUCGGGCCCGGAGCCCUGGCAGGGAAGAGGUGGCCCGUCUGUUUGGCAACGAGCGGAGGAGGUCCCAAGUAAUUGAGAAAUUUGAGGCCUUGGACAUUGAGAAGGCAGAGCACAUGGAGACCAACUUGUCAGCCGGGCCCUCGCCAUCAAGUGACACACGCCAGGGCCGCAGCGAGAAGAGGGCGUUCCCCAGGAAGAGGGAUCUCACCAGUGAAGUUCCCACAGCUCUACUCCCGGACACCUCUACUUCCCCCAUGUCUCCACACCGAAGAGCCAAGUCACUGGACAGGAGGUCCACGGAGUCCUCCCUGACGCCCGACCUGCUGAAUUUCAAGAAAGGCUGGCUGACAAAGCAGUAUGAGGAUGGCCAGUGGAAGAAGCACUGGUUUGUCCUUGCUGAUCAAAGCCUGAGAUACUACAGGGAUUCGGUGGCUGAGGAGGCAGCUGACUUGGACGGGGAAAUCGACUUGUCUACAUGUUAUGAUGUCACAGAAUAUCCAGUCCAGAGAAACUAUGGCUUUCAGAUACAUACAAAGGAAGGCGAGUUCACUCUUUCUGCUAUGACAUCUGGAAUUCGGCGGAACUGGAUCCAGACCAUCAUGAAGCAUGUCCACCCAACUUCUGCCCCAGAUGUGACGAGCUCAUUGCCAGAGGAGAAGAACCGGAGCAGCUCCUCCUUCGAUGCUUGCCCGAGGCCAAGUGAGAAGCAAGAGGCCGAGCAUGGGGAGCCAGACCCCGAACAGAAGAGAAGCCGAGCUCGGGAGCGGAGGCGGGAAGGCCGCUCCAAGACCUUUGACUGGGCUGAGUUCCGCCCCAUCCAGCAGGCUCUGGCUCAGGAGCGGGCCAGCACCGCUGGGCCCCCUGACACCCAUCCUGAGGCAGAGCCAGGUGAGCUGGAGCGGGAGCGUGCACGGCGGCGGGAGGAAAGGCGCAAGCGCUUUGGAAUGUUGGACACCAUGGACGGGCCAGGCCCUGACGACAUGGCCCUGCGUAUGGAGGUGGACCGGAGCCCGGGGCUGCCCGUGACCACCGACCUCAAGACACAGAAUGUCCAUGUGGAGAUCGAGCAGCGAUGGCAUCAGGUGGAGACCACCCCUCUCCGGGAAGAAAAGCAGGUGCCCAUCGCUCCCCUACACCUGUCCUCCUCUGAAGAUGGAAGUGACCGACUCUCCACUCAUGAGCUGACCUCUCUGUUGGAGAAGGAGUUGGAACAGAGCCAGAAAGAGGCCUCAGACCUUCUGGAACAGAACCGGCUCCUUCAGGACCAGUUGAGGGUGGCUCUGGGCCGGGAGCAGAGUGCCCGGGAGGGCUAUGUGCUGCAGACUGAAGUGGCCACCUCCCCAUCCGGUGCCUGGCAGAGGCUCCAUAGAGUCAACCAAGAUCUCCAAAGUGAGCUGGAGGCCCAGUGCCAGCGCCAGGAGCUGAUCACGCAGCAGAUCCAGUCCCUCAAGCGUAGCUAUGGAGAGGCCAAGGACGCCAUCCGACACCAUGAGGCUGAGAUCAGGAGCCUCCAGGCAAGACUCAGCAAUGCUGCUGCCGAGCUUGCCAUCAAGGAGCAGGCACUGGCUAAGCUCAAGGGCGACCUGAAGCUGGAGAAAGAAAAGGUCCGCGAGCAGCUAGAGGAGUGGCAGCACAGCGAGGCCACACUAAGCAGUCAGCUACAGGCCAGCGAGCAGAAGCUCAAGAGUGCUGAGGCCCUGCUGCUGGAAAAGACGCAGGAGCUACGGGACCUGGAGAUGCAGCAGGCACUGCAGAGGGACCGGCAGAAAGAGGUGCAGAGGCUGCAGGAGCGCAUUGCCGACCUCAGCCAGCAGCUCAGCACCAGUGAGCAGGCCCAGCAGCUGAUGGAGGAGAAGCUGCAGCAGAACUAUGAGCUGCUACUGGAGAGCUGCGAGAAGGAAAAGCAGGCAUUGCUGCAGAACCUGAAGGAAGUGGAGGACAAGGCCAAUGCCUACGAAGACCAGCUUCAGGACCAUGAGCAGCAGAUGGAGGUGCUUCAGAAAGAGAAGCUGAGCGCCAAGUUUGAGGGCAGCGAAGUGGUGCACCAGCUGGAGGAACAACUGGAGAUGAAGGAGGCCAGCAUCCAGAAGCUGGCGGAGCAUGUGCAGAGCCUCAGAGAUGAGCGGGAUCAGAUUAGGCAGCGGUUCCAGGAGCUGGUGGAGCGUGUGGCCCUGUCUGAUGGGGACGUUGCUGCACUUGAGGAGAAACUGAGGGGAAGAGAAGCAGACUACCAGAAUUUGGAGCACUCUUACAGGAGAGUGGCCGGUCAGCUCCAGAGCAUCCAUGCUCUGCUGAAAGAGAAGGAAGAGGAGCUGAAACACAUCAAAGAAAUGCAUGAAAAAGUUCUGGAAAAGAAAGAUCAGAACCUCAAUGAGGCUUUGGUUAAAAUGGUUGCUUUGGGGAACAGCUUAGAGGAAACAGAAAUGAAGCUCCAGGCAAAGGAAGAGAUCUUAAGAAAGUUCACAAAGGAGUCUUCAGAGGACACAGAAGAGCCACGGAGUACCUUGGAAGAAGCAGAGGGAGACAGCGUUGUACUUGCGGACCCACAGCUCCAAGCCACUGGCUUCCCACACUCACAGCUUGAGGAUGAGAAUCCUGGGGCUGCUAUGGGGGAGGAAUGUGGUGAAGGCAGCCCCAGGAGAGAAGAGAGUGUAGUGCCCCCGAAGUCUGAAGUAUCAGACAGGGAGGGGCAUCUGCAGAGCACAGCAAAACCUGACCAGGGAACACCAGGUGUGAAAAGACAAAGAAUCCGGUUCUCCACAAUCCAGUGCCAAAAAUAUACCCACCCUGAUGGGUCUGAGAAGACCUGGACCAGCAGUACCUCUUCCGACACCAGUCAGGACCGGUCACCCUCCGAGGAAAGCAUGUCCUCAGAGGCCACACCCAGCUCACUCCCUGCGACUAGUGACUCUGACACCUACCUCUCCAUAAUACACUCCCUGGAGACCAAGCUCUAUAUCACAGAGGAGAAACUCAAAGAUGUGACAGUGAAGCUGGAGAGUCAGCAGGGCCAGAGCCAAGAGGCGUUGCUGGCCCUGCACCAGCAGUGGGCCGGCACUGAGGCACGGCUACGCGAGCAGCUCCGCGCCAGCCUGCUCCAGGUUGGAGCACUGGCCUCCCAGCUGGAGCAGGAAAGACAGGCCAGAGCAAAAAUAGUUGAGAAUCAUGUCGGGGAGCUUGGCAGCUUCCAGAUGAAAAAUAGUCAGGCCCUGGCUUGCUUAGAAAACUGCCGAGAACAGCUACGGUCUCUGCCAGGAGCCAGUGAGGAGGCAGUGCAGGAUGCAGCAGCCGGCCCCCUGGCCAGCGUGGAGAGCAUGCUAAUCAGCGCCAUCCAGGCCUUGCAUCACUGGCCAGGUACUGCAGAGAGUGGACCCCAAGGCCAGCUAGACAGAGAAAGUUUCUUGGAGAAAGAGCAGUCAGCUUCACAGCAGCCUGAACUGAUGGAGCAGGAGCAGCUGAAGCUCCUUUCUGAUCAGAUAGCUCUGGAAGCCUCACUGAUAAACCAAAUAGCAGAUUCUUUAAAAAAUACGACAUCAGACAUCUCACAAGUUCUCCACGAUAUUUCUCAGGCAGGAAAGUUGCCCCUGGAGUCUGAAAGUGCUGCAGUCUGUCCUGGUGCUCCAGCAGAUGCCUGGGCUAGAAAGGUGUUGGUGGAUGGUGAAUUCUGGAGCCAGGUUGAGUCCCUGAGUAAGCAUCUGGGGACACUGGGAGGAGAAGUGACCGGAACAUCAGGAGGUGGGCAGCAGAGGCUUGCACCAGCCCUAGUCCCUGCCCUAGCUGAUGCCACGUGGGUCAGGGCAGAGCUCAGCUUCGCCGUGCAGUCGGUGAGGGAGUCUUUCCACCGUAGGUUGCAAAGCGUCCAGGAGACCCUCAAGGGGACCCAGAUGGCCCUACAGCAGCACAAGCACAUGCUUGGGGAAAUCCUGGGAGCCUACCGAACCCCUGACUUUGAGAGAGUGAUGCAACAGGUCUCAGAAGCUCUCAAACUUCCAGCUUGCAUUGAAGACCGUGGACAGGGAUCCUGGGAUUUGAGCCCAUUAGAAGUGCUAAGACACCAAGAUGCAGCCAGCUCCCAGCAGCCCUUCCACUUGUCUGCCCAGUGCUCUGGGCCCCUUGUUACUAUUCAGGAAGAACUCGCUCUGCAGCUUAAAGAUAAGGCCAACCUCUUAGGGGAGAUAUCUGCUGCUAUCAUCUCUCUUCCCCCUGUGGAAUCGGUAAAAGACUGUCAGAAGCUUCUCCAGGCCUCCCAGAAACUCUCCUAUAACACUUGUUUGGGAGGCCUCAGUCAGUAUUCUUCAUUAUUAGUUCAAGAUGCAAUUAUUCAGGCUCAGGUGUGUUAUGCAGCUUGCAAAAUUCGUCUUGAGUAUGAAAAGGAGCUCCGGUGCUGCAAGGAAUCCUGGCAGAGCAGAGGGAUCUCCCCCAAGGAGCAGGAGCAGGCUGUGGGGGCCCUGAAGGAGGAGUAUGAGGAACUUCUUCGGAAGCAGAAGAGUGAGUACCUGGAAGUGAUUGCCAUCAUUGAAAGGGAAAAUGCAGAGCUCAAGACCAAGGUCACCCAGCUGGACCAUCAGCAGCGAUGUCUGGCAGAAGUGGAGAGCAAGCACAGUGAAAGCAUGUUUGCCCUACAAGGGAGGUAUGAGGAGGAGAUCAGGUGUGUAGUGGCGCAGCUGAACAGAGCAGAGAACACGUUGCAGGCUGAGCACAGCAGAGUCCUGAGCCAGCUGGAUGCCUCAGUCAGAGACAGGCAGGACCUGGAGAGGCACCAUGUGGAACAGAUGCAAACCCUAGAGGACAAGUUCCAGCUCAAGAUCAAAGAGCUGCAGACAAUCCAUGAGGAAGAGCUGAGAACCUUGCAGGAGCACUACUCACAGAAUCUGCAGUGCCUGCAGGAGGCCCUCCGCCGCUACCAGCGGCAGCCCCCCGAAGCCCUGCAGGCCCCUGGCCCACCAAGCAGCCCCCACCAGACCCCCUCCAGCUGGCCAACCGACCAUUCCAGGGGUGCUCUGCAGGCCGCCGCCAGGGAAGCUGACUCUAUGAUGGGGCUGAGAGAGCGCAUCCAGGAGCUGGAGGCCCAGAUGGAUGUCAUGCGGGAGGAGCUGGAGCACAAGGACCUCGAGGGCAAUGCUGCCUCACUGCGGGAGAAAUACCAGAAAGACUUUGAGAACCUGAAGGCCACCUGUGAGCGAGGGUUUGCAGCAAUGGAAGAAACACACCAGAAAAAGAUUGAAGACCUGCAGAGGCAGCACCAGCGGGAACUGGAAAAGCUGCGGGAGGAAAAGGACCGGCUCCUGGCAGAAGAAACCGCGGCCACCAUUUCAGCCAUUGAAGCCAUGAAGAACGCCCACCGGGAGGAGAUGGAACGGGAGCUGGAAAAGAGCCAGCGGUCCCAGAUCAGCAGCAUCAACUCUGACAUUGAGGCUCUAAGGCGGCAGUACCUGGAGGAGCUGCAGUCGGUGCAGCGGGAGCUGGAGGUGCUGUCGGAGCAGUACUCUCAGAAGUGCCUGGAGAACGCCCAUCUGGCCCAGGCGCUGGAGGCCGAGCGGCAGGCCCUGCGGCAGUGCCAGCGCGAGAACCAGGAGCUCAACGCCCACAACCAGGAGCUGAACAACCGCCUGGCUGCAGAAAUUUCACGGUUACGUACGCUGCUGACUGGGGAUGCCAGCGGGGAAGCCGCUGGCUCGCCUCUCACCCAGGGCAAGGAUGCCUAUGAGUUGGAGGUGUUAUUGCGGGUCAAGGAAUCAGAGAUCCAGUACCUAAAGCAGGAGAUCAGUUCUCUCAAGGAUGAGCUACAGACAGCAUUGCGGGACAAGAAGUACGCUAGUGACAAGUACAAAGACAUCUACACAGAGCUCAGCAUCGUGAGGGCCAAGGCCGACUGCGACAUCAGCAGGUUGAAAGAGCAGCUGAAAGCAGCCACAGAAGCACUGGGUGAAAAAUCACCUGAAAACACCCCUGUGUCAGGAUACGAUAUAAUGAAAUCUAAAAGCAACCCUGACUUCCUGAAGAAAGACAGAUCCUGCGUCAGCCGGCAACUGAGGAACAUUAGGUCCAAGAGUCUGAAGGAAGGCCUGACAGUGCAGGAACGCUUGAAGCUCUUUGAAUCCAGGGACUUGAAGAAAGACUAGCUGUGUCCCGUUCAGCCUGAACACACAUCCUUCCCUGCUGGCGGCAGCACAACCCAAGCGCUGUUUUUUGUCUGUACCUUUAUUUUUUAUUAUUAUUAUUGCUAUUAUUG